AUGGUUGAUUCAAAGGACACCCCGGAGAAGACCUCCCUACACCAAUUCGAAGAUACACCCAUCCAAGAUUCCCCAUACAGCGCCGAUCUGAAGCAAAAUGGGCUAGUCGCAGACGCGGAAGCAUCCAGCCUCGGCCCACCGACCUUCGAGGGAGUUGAUGAAAAAGCUGUCCUCCGGAAGAUGGACAUCCGUCUCAUUCCCAUGUUAAGCAUGCUAUAUCUGUUAGCUUUCUUGGACCGCGGGAAUAUCGGCAAUGCAAAGAUAGAGGGGCUUGUUGACGAUCUUCAUAUGACGGGACCACAAUACAAUUGGACUUUGACCGUCUUCUUCUUUACCUACUGCGUCUUUGAACUGCCGAGCAAUCUGCUUCUAAAGAAGCUAAGACCCUCGAGAUGGCUGCCCUUGAUCAUGGUCGCUUGGGGAAUUGUUAUGACCUUGAUGGGAGUCGUCAACAAUUACGGUGGACUGCUCGCAACUCGAUUGUGUUUGGGCGUUGCAGAAGCUGGUUUGUAUCCCGGUGUGGCAUACUACAUCACACUCUGGUAUCCGCGCCACCGAGCACAAUUCAGACAAGCUCUCUUCUUCAGCGCCGCCAGUAUUGCGGGUGCAUUCUCUGGGCUUCUUGCAUACGCUAUCGCUAAAAUGGACGGUGUGGGCGGAUAUGCUGGCUGGAGAUGGAUCUUCAUUCUUGAGGGUCUUCUUACGGUUCUUGUGGCACUUGUAGCCCCAUUCGCGAUUCACGAUUCCCCGGAAACUGCCACCUUUCUGACUGAAGAAGAGCGUCGAUUUGUGAUCCACAGUUUGCGGAUUCAAAACUCGGCAGACUCGCGCGAGAUUGAUCAAACAAAUGAUAAAUUUGAAAUGCGCUAUGUCAUCGAAGCUUUCACCGACUGGCAGAUUUGGUUGGGUCUGUUCAUGUACUGGGGUAUUACCUGUCCUCUAUACGGCAUUUCCCUGUUCCUUCCUUCGAUCAUCAAGGACCUAGGUUAUAAGUCUUCGACUGCCCAGCUCCUUACUGUACCAAUUUAUAUCACUGCUGCAAUUGUCGCUGUUAUUGCAGCGUGGGUAUCAGACAGACGCAAGCAGCGAUCCCCAUUCAUUCUCUUCUUUAUGGGCAUGAUCGGUGUUAUGUACUUUGGUAUUUUCGUCGCGGUCGUCGGAAUAUAUCCAGCAUUCCCCGGAAAUGUCACAUGGCUCAGUGUCAAUAUGGCGGGUGACUACAAGCGAGCCGCUGGCAUGGCCAUUUACAUUGGACUAGGAAACCUGGCAGGAGCUAUGUCAUCAAACUUCUACCGUGCCCAAGAUGCGCCGAACUACAUCCUCGGCCACUCUCUUGAGCUUGCUUUUGUUGUCGUGGGCAUGAUAGCGACUGUUGCUUUGCGCAUGGCAUACCAGCGUAUUAACCGAAAGCGGGAUGCUAUGGAUCCCUCAGAGUAUCCCGAGAAUCCCGACUCGCUGGGCGAUCGCUCUCCGUUAUUCAGGUACAUGCUUUGA